AUGGAGGGGUCGCUGGCGGGGGUGCUGCCCUGCGCGGGGCCCCCACUCCCACGCCGCCUGCACCCGCCCGAGGGGGAACCCCACGAGGACGAAAACGCAGCCCCCAACCCCGAAAACGUCUGCGAACGCGAAAAGGCGGAAACCGACGAGGACGAAAACGAAAUCGCGGAGUGGGCGUUAAGGGGAAUCCGGUAUUGGGAGCGGCAGUGGUGGGCGACGCGCGCGGGGGUUUCGAUUUUCUGA